AUGCUAAGAAAUAAAAAUGAAACCCAAUUCACUUCAAAUUCAAACUCUAAAACCCUAGUUAAUUCAAAUUCAAAGUCUGAAACUUGCGCCUCCUUCCCCCAACGCCUCUUUCUCUCAAAUCUCCCUUCUCUCUCGCCUCUGCCGGAAACGGCUGCCACUGCCGGCCCGCCGGCCAUCUCUCCCUGCUUCCCUUCUCUCCUUCUUUCCUCUCGGUCUCCCUCUCCCUCUCGGUCUCCCUCUCCGCCAGCACCGCCGCCGGCUGGAAACUGCCGCUGCUGUCGACGGGCGGCCGCCGCCGCUGCGCCGGCCGCCGUCGCCGUCGUCGCUCGGGAGAAAUUAAGAGGAGUUGAAAAGGAGCCAAGAAGUGUCGUUGUUUGCCGUAUUUCGCCACCACCGCCGGCUGCCGUCGCCGCCGCCGACCCGGCGCUGCUGCUGUUACUGACAGGACAGAAACUCCAGCCAGGGAGCUUGGGAAGGGGUGGACUGCAGAAGCAACUAGCUUCCUAUAUUGGACUCCCGGCCCUGAUGAAUAAAAUGAGGAAUGAGCUUCAUAAAAGGGAAUUUUAAUGCCAGAAAAGGAAGGUAGGAAGGUAAGACUGAUCUUGCAAAGAUGAUAGGAAAGAAAGAUGGCAUGGCAAUAUAUUUUUAAAGAAAACAAUUUAAUCGAUCAAUCAAAAUUGAAUGUUGGAAAGUUUCGAAGAUGAUCUAAAUUGACAGAGUACUACGUUUUUUUAUUCUGAUAAAGAUACACUGGUAGAUGUUUGCUUUCGGCAUUUUGGUAUGUGAGAAGGUACCAGGUUUCUAGCAGGCAGGAAAUCCGAGCUAUUAUUGUAGUCGUCAAAUCUUGGUCUUUGAGGAUUCUGGUAACUCUACUUCUCAUCUUUUUCGGGUGUCAUUCAAACCUGUAUAUACUCAACUUGUGAUGUUUCCUACUUAUACAUGAGUGCCUAACUGCUAUUUAUUCUCAUUCAUGCCUGAUGUGUUGAUUUUAUAGAGGACUUACAUGUUUUUUUGUAAUUGACAUGUUAUGAUUAAGAGUAAAUUUCCGAGAGGUUGUCUGCCAUGGCUCUCUAAUAUGUGCUUCUCCCUAGUUUUUCAUGAUUUCAUACACAUCACCAAUUGAUAAACAAUGGAUAUUAGCUUCUUAAAUAUCCAAAAAUUGCCCUAGUACUAUGCUACUCUGUACUGAGGACGAAAUGCUUCCAUGAACAGAGUUUCACCACUUGCUAUUUGUGUAUGCAUGCAAGAUUUUUCUCUCUAUUGAUUGUCACUACUUUCACCACUUUUUUAUGGGUUAUUAGUGUAGGCUUCAUUUCUCUCUCGGGUUGAUCUGAAAACUUGUUGCUUACUAACUUCUGGAGAACUAGGUUUCCCGUGCUUCAAUAAAGUGACAAUAGUGUUCUUUGGUGCCCGAUUUCUUGAGCUAAUGAGAGAGAACUAUUCCGGUUUUGAAAAAUUAAUUGAAAAAGCCAUAGGGCCGAUCGAAUGGAUGAGAGCUUUAUGAGUUGCAAUCUUGUUGAUAUUGGUGCAUAAAAAUGAUUUAGGCAAUAGGACAAAAAGCCUCAUAUCCAAAUUAUCACAUGCCUAACCCUACAUAAACCCCUAGUGAGCCAUUUUGAGCCCCAAAAACCUAAUUUCUUUGUUUAAAAAUUUUGAAGUCACUAUAUUAGCCCUACUUAUUAUAUCCAUUUGUCGGCCUAUAUUUUCUACCAUAGUCACUAAAAUUAAAAUGCUAGCACAUUCUUGGGAGGGUUUUAAUGGUGGCAAGGAAAAGAUGGAAGUCCUGUAACAUUCUUGGGAGGGUACUUAUGGUGGCAAGAAAAAGAUGGAAGUCCUGGAACAUUCAUCAGGUGGUAUUCAUUUAUACUGAGAUACAAAGUGAAAAAGCUUCGUCUUCAAACAAAAAUAAAAUAAAAAGGCAGCCUUUAAAGUGUAAAAAAAAUCCAAGGCUAGAAAAAAAAGACAGCCUUUCAUGUGUAAAAAAAAGCCAAGGCCAGAAAAGUAAAAGGCAACCUUUCAUGUGUAAAAAAAAGCCAAGGCUAGAAAAGUAAAAGGCAGCCUUUCAUGUGUUAAAAAAAGCCAAGGCUAGUAAAAAAUAAAAAUAAAAGGCAGCCUUUCAUGUGUAAAAAAAAGCCAAAGGCUAGAAAAAAAGUGAAAAAUAGAAAUCUGCUCAAAAGAAUAUGAUGACUUUGUUUAGAUGGUAGAAAAAUUCGAGUUUUAGGUGUUGAGAUGUCAGAAUUUCGCACGCAUUGAGUGAGAUGUGAAGGAUGUUGUGAAGGAUGCUAUGAUGGAUGUGCUAGUAUUUUAAGAAGGUGAUAAGCUACUUAACCAAAUAUGAUCACACCUUUACCAAAAGCCCCAUUACAUCCAAAUGAAUAAGACCUUUUGAUUUAUGCAUCAUACUGACUUGUGAGUGAUGAAUUUUGCUUGAGUUUGGGAGAAAGAUCUUAUGUGCUUAAAAGAAAGAAUAGCCGGAAGAUAUUCUCUUUAUGAAUUAGUGACGAUGGUUUGAGACUCCCAAGACAUAAAUCGAACUUACAUUGAAGUAUUGGGAUGCCUAGCUCUUAGGGAAUUAGUUCGUGUACAAUUCUUGUUCUAAAGUCUUACCCGCGAGUGAAUUCGGGGUCAACCUAAUUUCUCUAAAUGAUUUGUGUGAUUUGACGUGACUUGAAGUAGAGGAUUAUCUAAUGUCUUGUGAAUGUGCUUAUUUGUCUAACUUGACUUGAAGUAGAGCAAGACUUAUGUUUUGGCGUAUUUGAUGUGUGUGGGUAAUUGUUUAACUUGUUAUUAUACAAUGGAUGGAAUGGAGGGUAGCGUACUAUUGCUCCAGUUCAAUUUUGACCAUCUCACUAUUUAUUCCAGUGAGUUGAAGGGUAUAAAGCUGCAACCAAUAUUUGCUUCAAUAGUCAAACAUUUAUUUUUAUAAACCUAAAUCUUUCUGAUGCUCUACACUUGUCGGUACCUGAUAAAAUUGGGGUUGUACUUGCUUUGUCUAUUUCUGAAGAACACGAUAUAUUCACUAUGCCUGGAUGUGUGGUUAGUUAUUCUCUUCUUUGUACAUACAUUUAGAUAUAAUUUUUUGUUUAGUUGUAGGAAGUGGAAUACAUACAACAGCUUAUAAUUUUUACCUCCUUGGAAUUCUUCUACAUGUUGCACUAAACCUGUAACCCUUUUCUUGGUUGUAUGCAGGAAAGACUUUGUGUUUGAGUCUGAUCACAGAGCAAUCAUGCUGCGUUUGAGGCUAUUGAGAUAAUUCAGCAUAUUCUAGUAUUACUCGUAGUCGAUUUGAAGGCCUCUCUAAGCAUUUAGAUUCAUUCUUGCAAAUGUUAUCUCUUGUGCAACUAAGGUGUUUUCCGUGAAAGUUCCUAUGCAUAAAUAGACUAGAAAGUACUUAGUCGAUCUAAAGGUCGAGGGUGGUAGGGGGCGACUGAGUUCUUAACAUAAAAGAAACGGGUGGAAAGGAUGGAAAACUGAAGGCACAAGUCUAUUUAUUGAUUUUUGAGCUUGCUUUGCUUGA